AUGGAGCGAGUGUCUGCAAUCAUUCGCCAUCUCACGUUCGAAGCGCAGUCCGCAGCCAGCUCAGCUCAGUCGGGUGCUGCUGCUGGUGGACCGCUGGCGUCGUACCGCGCAAAGUCGUCCUUCCAACCAGAGACGAUGCGACGCUACUUGGAUGGUCGGUUUUACGAGUUCAAGAAGGCCAUGUACGCCACACUGCUCCAGGACCCGCUGUUUCGCUUGCCGAUUGCUGAGCUGGAACUGAGUCGGAAGGACGCGCGCCACCAGGCAAUCCGGCUCAUGCGCCGAGUCAUUGAGUACCAAUUCGUGACGGAAGCUGAUCUGGAACAGGAUCCGAUGAUUGCUCUCAUUGUGAGCAACUUGCUGACAUCGUUUGAUGUCUCUCUGGCCCCCAAGCUGUUUCUUUCUUGUGGCAUGUUUGCGCAAUGCCUGGUCAACAUGGGCACCGAACGCCAUCUCAAGUAUCUUCCCAUGAUUGCCACGCUCGAGAUUGUGGGCUGCUUUGCGCUGACCGAGCUUGCACAUGGCAGCAACGUGCGCGCCAUGAUGACCACGGCCACCUAUGACAGGACGACACGUGAGUUUGUGCUCCAUUCCCCUUCGUACCUGGCUACGAAAUGGUGGGUGGGUCUGCUCGGCCAGACGGCCAACUAUGCGGUCGUCUUUGCCCGCUUGAUCAUUGGUGACAAGGACCACGGACUGCAUCCCUUCUUGGUGCCCAUCCGCACCAUGUCGGACCACAUGCCCUUCCCAGGCGUAACUGUUGGCGACCUGGGCUCCAAGCUCGGGCAGAACAGCCUGGACAAUGGAUUUGUCGCGUUCAACCAGUACCGCAUUCCGCGCGAGAGUCUGCUGAACAGACUCGCUGAUGUUACUCCCGAAGGCGAGUAUGUGUCGCAGUUUUCCAACGCGGAUCGCUUGUUUGGCGCGACUCUGGCUCCACUGUCGGGCGGCCGCGUGUCCAUCGUUGGGCUGGCGCUCACCAACUUGCGCUCAGCCCUCGCCAUUUCCGUCCGGUACUCGGCUGCACGGAAGCAGUUUUCGCCCUCAGACAAUGUCGAGGAGCUUCCUGUCAUCGAGUACCAGCUCCAACAGUACCGACUGAUGCCUUAUGUUGCCGCCUGCUAUGCCCUUGACCGGUUUUACGUGUGGCUCUCGGGACACCACUUUUCCCAGUUGCAGAGCGCACGCUCGGGACCCGUCGAUCCGGCACUCGUCGCGGAAAUGCACGCGCUUUCAUCUGCUGGCAAAGCGGUUGCCGGUUGGAUUACCCGUGAUGCCAUCCAAACGAGCCGCGAGUGCUGUGGCGGACAUGGCUACUCGACCUGCAACCGCCUGGGUGUUUUGCGUGAUGACAACGAUCCCAACUUGACGUACGAGGGCGAUAACAAUGUGCUGAUCCAGCAGACUUCAAAGUUCCUGAUGACUUCACUCCGCAAUGUCAUGACUGGCAAACCUGUCAAGUCACCUCUCGGGUCUGUGGCAUUCUUGGAGCAAUUUUCCACCUUGAUUGGCUCCAAGUGGGCUGUCGAAUCCGAAGGCGACUUGCUCAAGCCAGCGGUCUUGUUGCACGCCAUGCACUAUCGAACCGCGUACUUGCUGCAAGAGGCAGGCACCAAGCUGCAGUCGAUCAUGGAGAGUGGAAAGGAUGUCGACACGUUCUCCGCGUGGAAUCAAACGCAGGUGCACUAUCUGCACGCGGCGGCCAAGGCUUACUUGGAAGCCGUCAUUGUGGCGCAGUUUGAUGCUGCCAUUCAGUCAUGCCCGACCGUGUCGCUGCGGGGUGUGCUUUCCAAGCUGCUGGCCCUUUUCGCGUUGUGGCGCUUGGAGGGUGACAUUGCUGUUUUGCGCGAGGACGAUUUCAUCACUGGACAGCAAGCGAAAUUGCUCAAGGAGACUGUGCUGGCGCUGUGCCUGCAAGUCAAGGACGAGGCGGUUUCUCUCGUCGAUGCCGUUGCGCCUCCGGAUCAGAUCCUGUUCUCUCCCAUUGGCCGCUCCGAUGGUGAGGUGUACAAGAAUUUGUACAACACGGUGACCACCACUCCCGGCUGUUUCGAGCGCGCGCCCUGGUGGGCUGAAAUGCAUCCGCCCGUCGAGAAGGGAAGCAAGCGCGCCGUCUUUGACUCUUAUUUGAAAGCGGCUAGCUCCAGUCACUGA